AUGUUUCCUUCAGCUGAUGGUCGCCUUGCCAUCCUCGCCAUCCUACCUGCUUCCUUUAUUGUCAUUACAUCGCUCAAGCGGUUCAUUAGGAACAGACAGAACAAACUUCCCCCUGGCCCCGUGCCGCUCCCACUGCUAGGAAAUGUCUUGUCUGUUAACACCAAGGAACCUUGGUUGACUUAUACCGAAUGGGCUGCUGUUUAUGGAGACUUGUUUUUCGUGCGACUUCUAGGCCAGGAAAUUGUGGUGAUCAGUUCUCAACACGUUGCGGAAGCCUUGCUGGACAAGCGUUCUCACAUUUACUCUGAUAGACCAUACAUAGCCACGCUUGAGCCGUUUGGUUGGUCGGACGUAUUUUUAUUCACAGGCUAUGGUGACGAAUGGCGUCUUUGCCGACGACUCCUCCAUCAAACUUAUCGUCCUGACUCUGCGCUCAAGUUUCGUCCAAUGCAAAUCAAGCAGGCUCGUGAGAUGAUCGUCAACCUCAUUGAUGACCCUCAACCUUACUAUUCUCACUUUGCAACAUUCUCGUCAUCAGUUGCGAUGUCAGUGAUCUACGGCUAUCAAACCAUUUCUCGUGAUGAUCCACUGGUUCAACUCGUAGAAAAUGCAGUGGCCAUUGGCUUCCAGGUGAAUAACCCAGAGAAUGCAAUCUUGCUCAAAACCUUCCCCUUCUUACUGAAGUUACCUGACUGGUGCUGGGGAUCCUCAAUCAAACGCGAUGCUCAAACUUCAGCCAAUCGCAUGAGAGAAAUGGCUGACGUGCCGUUCCAAUAUGCGCAGGAGCAUAUGGCCGAAAACUCGGCCCUUGGUCAGUUGUCGAUGGUGGCGGAAAAUCUUCAACGAAUCGAGAAGCAAGAUCAGACAUCCAGAUCAUUGUUUGAGGGUGCCUUAAAGAAAGUAGCCACUACUGCUAUUAUAGGUUCAUAUGAGACAACUACUUCAGUCUUGAUGGUUUUUGCUCUCGCCAUGGUGUCUCACCCAAAUGUUCAAAAACGGGCACAAGCGGAGAUCGACUCAGUGGUUGGCCGGAAUCGCUUGCCUGCCUUUGAAGACAGAGCGUCACUACCAUACGUUGAAUCAGUUCUGCGGGAGACUUUGCGAUGGCAGCCUGUCGGACCCAUUGUGCCACAUGCCACCUCGAGUGAUGAUAUAUAUGACGGUUACUUCAUUCCAAAAGGAGCGACUGUCCUAUUAAACAUGUGGGGCAUCUCACAGGAUGAAAAGCGGUACCCCAACGCAUCUGUGUUUAUGCCAGAGAGGUUCAUGGACGCCAAUGGUGCGCUGACGGACGAUGACCCUGCUGAAUAUAUCUUUGGCUUGGGCCGACGUAGAUGUCCAGGCCGGCAUGCUGCUGAUGCCUCUGUGUGGUCCGCCAUUGUUACUAUGUUGGCCACAGUGGAGUUUUCUUUUGCCAAAGAUGACCAGGGCAAGGUGAUUGAAUUCACCCCCAAAUUCACGACAGGACUCUCUCACACCCCUAUGGUCUUUCCCUGCAGUAUUUUACCACGUUCUCAUGUUCAUCUAGGACUUGAGGAUGCUUUACGGAUGGGAGAAUAA